AGACGCCCAUGGGGCCACAAUUCCUGUGAGAAACCUGCCAUAAUACCCUUGUCCAGAAAGCUGUGCUAUGCUAUAGGGGGUGCGCCAUAUCAAAUGACAAAUAUUGCCCUGGGCUUCUCCUUGCAGAUUUUUCUGCUGGAUGUGGUACAGCUGGACGCCUUCUAUGUCUCCCUCAUCCUCUUCCUGGGUCGGGCCUGGGAUGCUGUCACUGAUCCCCUGGUAGGCUACCUGGUCAGCAGGAGUGCGAGGACUCACAUUGGAAAGCUCCUCCCAUGGAUAGUGCUCUCCAUGCCAUUUGGCGUGUUCUCCUACAUCAUGUUGUGGUUCACACCACAGGGCGCCACAUCUCCAGUCUUCAGCUUCUUCUGGCACCUCACAAUGAGCUGCCUGUUUGAGACCUUCAUGAGCUGUUACCAUGUACCAUACUCUUCACUCAACAUGUUCCUGGGGGGAGACCAGAGGGACAGAGAUUCAGCCACAGCCUACAGAAUGGGGGUGGAAGUCUUUGCCAUGCUGGUGGGGGCGCUAAUACAGGGUCAGGUCAUGGCUGUUCUAAACACUGAGAGGGAUCAGGCCUGCAACCAGCCGGACAGGAACGAAUACCUCUUCCAACACACCCUACCGCCCCAGCCUGGCACCCUGCGUGACACGCGAAUGGCCUUCCUGAUGUCAGCACUGGUUCUGGGGGGGCUCUACUCCCUGUGCUGCCUGCUGCUCUUCCUGGGGGUGAAGGAGCAGAUAGCUCCCCUUAGCUCCUUGGGGUUGACACGUACGCCUUACCUGGCCGGCCUGAAGAAACUGCUCAGACACGUCCCUUACCUGUGGCUUGUUCUCGGAUUCCUCUUCACCUCACUGGCCUUCCAGACGUCACUGGGGAACCUAGCUCUGUUCUUUACCCAUGCUGCUGGGCUGGGUGCCGACUUCCAGUACUUCAUCCUCGUUCUGCUGGUGGUAGCCACCUUCUCUGUACCGGUGUGGCAGAUGCUUCAGGUGCGGAUUGGGAAGAAGACCACACUGUUAGUCGGGCUGAUGGUGUUUCUCCCUCCUCUGGUGCUGAUUCCCUCCAUUCCCAGCAGCCUACCAGUGUACAUGGCCAUGUCUGUGCUGUGCGGCUCCAGCCUAGCUGCACUGUUCCUGCUGCCAUGGUCCAUGCUGCCAGAUGCAGUGGAUGACUUUAAGGUGAGGAACCCCAGCUACAAAGAUCUGGAGCCCCUGUUCUUCUCCUGUUAUGUCUUCUGCAGCAAGCUUGGAGGAGGGCUCUCUGUUGGGAUCUCCACCCUGGCCUUGCACUUUGCAGGGUAUGAGCCGGGUGCCUGCAGCCAUGGAUCAGACGUGGUCACCACCCUGCGUGUGUUGUUGGGCCCUGUGCCCCUUGCCCUGCUGUUCACAGGAAUGGUGUUCUUCUAUCUCUACCCCAUCCGUGAGGAACACCACUGCCAGGACCAGAGGGAGCUGGAGAAGACUGGGUGA